AUGGCGACCAUCGAGCCGCGGCUGAUCCAUCUUCUGAACGAGUCGACGGCUACUCCAAGGCUGCAUCAUGCUGAACUUCCUCCCAUCAACCUCCUGCCACUGCCGAAUACAUCCAGUCGGCACCACAUACUCGAACCCGAUGGCAGCCAGCGGUCAGAGGCAACAGUUACGAACAGCGGGCAACUGGCCUCACAGUCGAUACCGUCCUUGUAUUCCGUGACCGACGAUGGCCCCGUCAGUACUGCCUCGAGGAAAGACAACCUCAAUUACACAACGGUAGACCGCACGCUCUUGAGUCACAUCUCUUCGCAAGACCUCCGUAUGAUUCUUGAUGACACACCGGACAACGUUGAAGAGAUCGCGACCAAGAAGAGACCUGUAAAGGAGGAUUUCCCUCAGCUGCCACAACCACUCAAGAAGCAGAAAGCGACGGCGCAACCGCAUAUGUUUCCCCCGAUCAUAGUGGGUUUACUUGAACCGCCGUCCAAUGCCGCUCUGUUCCCGCCAAUCUCGUCUGGGUCGUUUGACGAUCGCCCGCGAUCUGAACCUCCCCAAGCUCUAAGCAUCACCAAGCCGCCAUCGGAGGCUCAUACUGCAGCCGAAGACACAACCAUCCCAAGUCCUCCACUCGAUGCCGACCGAACUCCAAGCGGCAAGAUCAAGCGGCGGGCUGCCAAACCCCGACGGAAGUGGUCUGAGGAAGAGACAAACCAUCUCCUCCUAGGCGUCAGCAAACAUGGCGUUGGCAAAUGGACCGACAUUCUCGAGGAUCCAGAGUACAAAUUCAGCGAACGCACGGCCGGAGACUUGAAAGAUAGGUUCCGGACCUGCUGUCCGGAUGAACUACGCGCCAAAUAUGCGGCACGGGGCGAAGCACAGGUGCAGAAGCAGGCGACCGCCAAGGCCGGCCGGAGACCGAAAAAGGGUCUCAUGUCGGAGAACAUAUUGAACGAGGCGGAAGAAGAAGCAGAAACUGAGAAUGUUCAGUACGUUCAUAAUGACUCCGACUCUACGCCAAAGCAGCGCAAGAGCAGGGCCCACCGGAAGAAGAUGGAGGAUCUGGCCGAGCUAGGGAUCAAAGGACCUUUCAGGAAAUCACACCGAAGAGAGCGACGACCGUUCUCAGACCAGGACGACAGAGAAAUCCUGGAAGGAUUUGAGCUUUACGGUCCGCAAUGGACCAAAAUCCAGAGGGACGCCAGGUUCAAUUUGUCCACCAGGCAGCCGACGGACUUGAGAGACAGGUUACGUAACAAGUAUCCUGAAAAGUUCGUUGGCACCGAGAAGAUGGCGAUGCAGGUCAGGGAGCCUGGGCGGAACAACGACCUCAUGGAACCUUCCGUCAACAUGGCCAUUGAGAAUUCUCUGAAUGUCUCCAAGUCGGCACUAUUGGAACCUCAGCUCAACAGGACGAGCUCGCGGGAGGACAUGCCCAAAUGGCCAUUGCCGAGCAGUCUCAUGGAGGCUGUCGAGUCAUCUCAGUCGCAUUCGAGCCUAUAUUGGGGCGACAGUGCUGCAGGAGUCUUCUCUUCCGGUGCUAUUGGGGAGAUGGAUAUAUCACGUCUCCUUCUUGAUGACACGCAAGUCUUGAGUGACCCUCCCUCUUCAGAUAAAAGGGGGUUUGGGUGA